GACCUGUCAUUGUCCACUGCAACAGGUGAGGGCUGAGCCUCGACUUUCCAACUUCUCCAGACGUCCUCGCACUUCACAGUCCUGGAACAGCUUUAAUCAUGGCCACAAACGUCCAAGAAAACAUAUAUGAACAAAUCGAAGUGACGAACGAAAACGUAUACGAGAAGCCCUAUGAGACCAUAAACAGCAACCCAGAGCCGAAAUAUGAGAAUCAAGGCAUGAGUAAGAAAAUUCAAGAGGAACCGUUGUACAGCACGGUCAAUCAACCGUAUCCAGACUACAUGAAUACGAGAGGAACAUCUCAAGAGGAAGACGAACAGCCGUCACCCUCCAGUGAACCAGGAGAGCAGCUCGAAAGCGAGAUCAUGGUGGCAUCUCUGCCGAAUGGAGAUAUUUAUGGAUCUUCAUCUUUAGAGGAAACUGGAGACCCUUGUGAUGACCAGCCCUCACUGGUCCACGAAGACCUGCUCAUGGCAUACAGUCUCCCAGAAGACGGAUCUCCAGAACCAGAGGAGGUAGUUGACUACAGCCUGAAGGAAGUGGAGAACAGCACCGUGGAAGAGACAGCUGCAGUUCCCGACCCGAAUCAGCCUAAUAUUGCACUUUUUGUCAAGGCUGGUUGUGAUGGUGAGAGCAUCGGAAACUGUCCUUUCUCCCAACGACUCUUCAUGAUCCUCUGGCUCAAAGGUGUGGUCUUUAACGUCACCACUGUUGACCUGAAGAGAAAACCAGCUGAUUUGCACAAUUUGGCUCCAGGAACUCACCCUCCUUUCCUGACCUUCAACGGUGAGGUGAAGACAGACAUUAACAAGAUUGAGGAGUUUCUGGAGGAGGUUUUGGCACCACCAAAGUACCCUAAACUUGCAGCCAGGCACAGGGAGUCAAACACAGCUGGGAAUGACAUAUUUGCAAAGUUCUCAGCUUUCAUAAAAAACACUAAGCCAGAUGCGAAUGAAGCUCUGCAGAAGGGUUUAACAAAGGCACUCAAGAAGUUGGACGACUACCUGAACAGUCCCUUGCCUGAUGAGGUAGAUGCCGACAGUAUGGAGGAGGAGAGGGCCUCCAGCCGCAAGUUCCUGGAUGGGAAUGAGCUGACUCUGGCAGACUGCAACCUGCUGCCAAAGCUCCACAUAGUGAAGGUCGUUGGCAAGAAAUAUCGGAACUAUGACAUUCCCAAUGAUUUGACAGGCGUGUGGCGUUACCUGAACAAUGCGAAUGAGCAAGAAGAGUUCACCAACACCUGUGCCGCUGACAACGAGAUCGAAUUAGCAUACAAAGAUGUGGCUAAGAAGCUAACUAAGUAAACAGAAAAAAAAAAAAUAAUACUUGGGGGUAAAUCUUUUCUUGGGGAAGAGAUGAUAUUUUCCAUGUAAUUCAAAGCUGUUGAUCCCAAACUACAAGUUAGUAGUUUCAUUCAUCCAGGGUCCUGAUAACCAAUCAUAAAUUCAGUUAAAGACUGGUGCUCUGUUAUGAAACACCACAUUUGCCUGUCUGCGAGUACCGUGACUCAAAUGUGAAUCCAAAACAUCAGCCAAUCCUCACCAGCUCUCACUCAUCUGUUGCUCAUAUAAACAUUGUCCCAAGCGACUUUAUUAUUGUAUCUCUAUUUAAAGAGAAUUCACAUUGCUGUUUUCUGUAGUUCUUCCUGUUUUAUACUAUUUAUCAUAUUAUGCACUGUUUCUUGAGACAUGGAACAAAAUGUCACACAACUUAAUUGCAUUAAACUUAAUUGCAUUACAUUUUUUAUGAUUCAAAUGAAAUGGUACUGUUUAUACAGUAAGACAUUAUCAUUCACAACUUCUGAAACCACCUUCCCUCAGCCUGAAACUUAGGCUAAUUCUUCAUAAAGAUUUAAAUAUAUAAUAAACUUAAGCAAAAUCUGACAAAUAAAUAUGUAAUUAAAAUAAAAAAAAACACACACACACACACACACAAAAAAAACAUGACAAUGUUUCGAAAGGUAGUGUAAACUUGUAACUUUUUUUUGUUUAACCUAUUUUGUCCCAGUACUCAAGAAUUGGUGCAUAGCAUAACCUCUCUGAUUAUUUUCUAGUAGUCAUACAUGACAGCUGAAAAAAGCGCUUGUUCAGGUAUUUCAAAUAUGUAAGAAUUAUUCACACAUAUUUCCUAUGGUUUUACAAUGUCUGUCAAUAUUGCGUUCCAUUAUGUUUUCAUUAUUAUUUGUGUAUAACAGAUGAAAAGAUCUGAUGUGAGCAGCAGGAUAAACUUAAAGCAAAAAGGUACAUCCUGGGCAGCUUCAAAACUAAUCAUAUAUAAUUUAUGGAUUUGUACAUGUUUCAUGCAAUUUUGUUUUUCUGAAGGAGCACUAAAAUAUUUUUUUUUUUUUUUUUUUUUUUUUUUUGAGGUGCAAAAUGAUUUAAUGAGGUGCUAAUUUGAUAUGUGCCUUCAUUAAAAGAAAUGCAGUGUGGCAAAUACAGCUUAUUAAUGCUGUUAAUGAUCAUUUCUACAUUACUAUGCUGCUGUUUUAAAGCCACUAGCAGAGUUUUCGUAAAAUGUUUGUAGAAAAUUCUUCAUUGCCUCAUCAUGUAAUUUCCAUGUAAAGUACAAGUUGUUCAAACUUUCCUCUGUUAUUCCUCACAACUCAUAUCAUUUUAUCUUAUAAUUUAGUUUGGGCUUAUCUCAAAAUGUUUGACAUCAAUCAUUCCUGGAUAUAUCACACUUAAAUAUUUAUUCACAACCCUGUUCAUGGGAAAUUAACAAGCUGAGAUGGAAAGGAGAUUCACAACACACAGCGGUCCACCGAAAUGGAGAAUAAGGAAAUCUGAUCGGGCGUUCGUCCAGGUCUCCUCCUCUCCACUUAGCACUGCUGGAAUAUCAUAGGGCCCAUGAUAGGUCCUUGUGGAGCUCCUGCUCUUGUGUGGUUUGGACAAGCGUUUGAUAUGAAAUUAGAGUGUGGCGCCAGAGAGGCCUAUUCCGAGUGAAGCUCUAUGAAUAAAACAAUAUUUUCACAGA